AUGCCCCACGCUGUAACUAUCGCGACUCCGGGCCUCCAGGCCUUGAUCCUGUGCGGUCCUGGCAGCUCGUUUCCCACUUUCACCGCCAACCCAGAUGAGAACCCGAAGGCUCUCCUACCAAUCGCCAACAGACCCAUGGUCUGGUACCCUCUCGACUUUUGCUACCGUGCCGGCAUCACAAACAUCACCCUCAUCUGCCCGCCCACGGCCCAGGAAGCCAUCCAGACUGCCCUCAACACAAACCCCUUCCUCACCAGCCUACCAUACCCCAGGCCCGACCUCCUAGCGCCCAAGGACCUCGACCAGAACACCGGUACAGCAGAGAUCCUCCGUCUUCCCGAAGUCCAGUCAACAGUAACCUCCGACUUCCUCGUUCUGCCCUGCGACUUGGUAUGUGAGCUCGGCGCCGACAAGCUCCUUCAAGCAUGGAUGGUCAAGUCCGCCAGCCUCACAGACCUCCUUGAUGACACCCGAUCCGAGAAUGGUCCUCUCAAGCGCAGCGGUGGUCUCGGUGUAUGGUAUCAGACCAAGACUGCCACCCCCAUCAAGGGCGAGGAGACCGAUUUCCUGGCCACCGUUCCUCUACCAUCUUCCUCGGUCCAGCCCCCCAAGGGAUCUCUAUUUCCCAACAUCUCCAAGGUCGUCUAUUCGACACCUACCGAUUCAUUGAAGGAUCUCCUCGAAGAGCAGAAAGGCUUGGACAUACGCCAUGCCCUUCUCAACAAACACCCCCGCGUGCGCAUGCUGACCACCCACCGCGACGCCCAUAUCUACAUCUUCCCCCACUGGAUCAUGGACUUCGUCAAGGAGAACGACCGCUUGGAGACCAUCGGCGAGGACGUCCUGGGUUGGUGGGCUAAGGCCGGCUGGCAAAAGGGUCUUUCCACCAAGCUCGGUCUCGACAUCAUCCUUGGCCAGACUUCCACCACCGCCCCCAAUACCGACGGCAAGACUUCCCCCUCCGGCUCCCACACCCCCAAGGAAUCGUCCACCGCCCACCUGCCCACCGGUUUGCAGAUCCAUGACGCCGUGUCCGCCUCCGGUGCUGCCAACCUCGAAGGCCCCGUUUGCCCCGUCAUCCGUACCGGCGACAAGCCCAAACCCGAGGAGACUCCUCUCCACGAGGCUGAAGCUAACGAGAGCGCUGACAUCCCGCCCAUGCUCGCCUACAUUCACCCUUCCUCCGCUGCUCCGUCUCCCUUGAUCCGUCGUGUCGACACCGCCCAGCUCCUGCUGCAAAUUUCUCUGCAACUCGCCAAGCUGCCCUCGAUCGAAGAAGUCGGUUCCGCCGAGGUCGCUUCCCCCUUCGCGCACAUGCGCAAGGUCGCCUACCCAGAGGGCGUCAAGCCGCGCACGACCAUCACCAAGGCGGACUCGCUGGUUGCCGAUAACGUGACCGUCCAAGAAAAGACGAGCAUCAAGGAGUGUGUCAUUGGUGCCAACUGCCAGAUUGGCGAGGGCGCCAAGUUGUCGCAGUGUCUGCUGAUGGACGGCGUGGUGGUGGGCAAGCACUGCAAGCUUACCAAGUGUAUUCUUGGCAAGAGAAGUGAGGUUGGCGAGGGCUGCACUUUGACGGAGUGUGAGGUGCAGGAGAACUUGUUGGUUGAGGCUAGGACGGAAUCAAAGAACGAGAAAUUCAUGUCCUCCUCCGGCCUUGAAGCCACCGAGGAAGACCUCAAGGACUCCGACGAUGAUGAGGGCAGCGAUGACGGUAACAACGACAAUGAUGACGAGGAUGAGGAGGAUGAUGAGUCGGCGGAGGAAUAG